AUGUCAAUGUCCGCUCCGCGCAUACCUCGCAGCGAACAGCGGCUGCUGCGCUCGCACCUCUCGUCGUCUCGCCGUGGUGGUCGCGGAAAGCGGGAGCAAGAAAAUGAAAAUUUUGAAGAACAACAGCAUCAAGAAAACCUCGAUGGAAAUUCCGCCAGCAAGCGGCGCGUGCGGAGCCGAAGUCGGACGCGCACGCGAGUUAGCUUGGUUAACAACAAUCAAAAUCCAGGAACAGCAUUGGUAAAUUUGGAUCAACAGAAUCUUCAAAACCAGGAAGCUCUCCGCCGGUACUACCAGCAGCUCGACAGGAUGCAGAAUCCAUCUCCCUACCCGCGGAUCGUAUUUCAUUUCGCUGAAAAAGUCGAGGGUCCGUGGCGGUCGCUUUGGCUAGCGGCACACUGGGAGAAGAGAUUGAAAAAAACCGACUACAUGCAGGCUGAUGUGAAUGAGGUAGAGUCUUGCAUUCUUGCAGCACUUGACGAUCUGAUCUGGCGUCGUAGCAUUGAUAGCGCAAGGCACCGCCGUCCCUUCACUCAACAUUCUGCAUGUUGAUAGAUAACAUCAAACUAAACUACAAUAAACAUACGUUUCAGAUUGUCGACGAUAUCCUGCAGACGCGAUCUGAGCUCACGCUCCGGCAGCAUGGGCAUCUCCUUCUGGGCGCGACCCGGGUAUUGGCGCGGAAAGUCACCUACCAAGAACAGCAGCUCGCCGCGUUUGCCGAUCAAAUCCAAGCCUCGUUGGAGGAGCCGGAGGAAGAAAUAUUGGAUGACCUAGCGCAGGAUCCCGAUGCCAUAACGCUUAACGUAGGAGGCGGGGCGGGAGGACGGGGGAAUUGGCUGAGAGACGACUUUGAAUUUGUCGAGCAGCAAGCGAAGUGGGAGGAGAUCACGGUAUGUGAAGUGAUAGAUUUUUUGUGAUAGUGUGCAAUGCAAUAAAAACAAAAUUUUGAAAUUUCGCGGAUUUUCGAAAUGACUAAAAAUGAAAUUUUGAAAUUUCGCGGACGUAAUGAAUUUCGUUGAAAUUGCAUGUGUGGUGUAUUUCGUUCUUGUUAAUUGACCACAUAGUGGAAAAAAAAUAAAAUUUUGAAAUUCCGAGAAUUCUUGAAAUUCUUGGAACUGCGAAAAGAUCUAUAUCAGGAAAGCACGCCUGCAUUCCUAUCUUUGUAGGUGUGUGGUUCUGCCACAUGCAAUUACAUACUUCCAACAUGCAUCUUUCUAACAUGUACCAGCGCCGCUCUUUCAGUAUGGGUUUUGCUUGAAUUUGCUUCGUAUAAAAAUAAAAUUUUGAUUUUUCGCGGAUGUACCAGGAGGCCAGAACGGGAUGCGCAGCUUUUUGAAGCGGCAAAAUCGACCAUAGCGUGCAGGGGCGGAUCGGGCGGACACCUGAAAAGGAGUCGUCGGGGGACCUCGGUGGCCGCCUCCUGGCGCCGCAGCUUUUUGAAGCCGCAAAAUCGACCAUAGCGUGCGGGGGCGGAUCGUGCAGGCAUCUGAAAGAGAGUCGCCUGGGGACGUCGAUGGCCGCCUCCGGGCGCUGCAGCUUUUUGAAGCCGCAAAAUCGACCAUAGCGUGCGGGGGCGGAUCGUGCAGGCACCUGAACGAGAGUCACAUGAGGACGUCGAUGGCCGCCUCCGGGCACCGCAGCUUUUUGAAGCCGCAAAAUCGACCAUAGCGUGCGGGGGCGGAUCGUGCAGGCACCUGAAAGAGAGUCGCCUGGGGACGUUGAUGGCCGCCUCCGGGCGCCGCAGCUUUUUGACGCCGCAAAAUCGACCAUAGCGUGCGGGGGCGGAUCGUGCAGGCACCUGAAAGAGAGUCACCUGGGGACGUCGAUGGCCGCCUCCGGGCGCCGCAGCUUUUUGAAGCCGCAAAACCGACCAUAGCGUGCGGGGGCGGAUCGUGCAGGCACCUGAAAGAGAGUCGCCUGGGGACGUCGAUGGCCGCCUCCGGGCACCGCAGCUUUUUGAAGCUGCAAAAUCGACCAUGGCGCGCGGGGGCGGAUCGUGCAGACACGUGAAAAAGAGCCGCUUGGGGACGUCGACGGCCGCCUUCGGGCGCCGCAGCUUUUUGAAGCUGCAAAAUCGACCAUAGCGUGCGGGGGCGGAUCGUGCAGGCACCUGAAAGAGAGACGCUUGGGGAGCUCGGUGGCUGCCUCCAAAGGCCGCAAUUUUUUGAAGCUGCAAAACCGACCAUAGCGCGUGGGGACGGAUCGUGCAAGCACCUGAAAAAGAGUUGCUGGGGAGCCUCCGGGACCGCCUCAUAAGGCGGCGAGCAGCUUUUUGAAGCUGCAAAAUCGCCCAUAGCCUGCGGGGGCGGAUCGUGCAGCCACGGGAAAGCUCCGCACGGUCUUCUCUAGGUCCAGCCGCCUUUUGAAGCCGCAAUACCCGUUAUGUACGGCGUGCAAGGGCGGACCGCGCAGCCAUCGGCGAACCCGCAGGAAAGUUUAGAAAUUUUACUCGACAAGCUGUGUCAAAUCCAAAUGCAAAAACGAUGCUGCCAUCCGAUCAUGCAUCAUGAAACACUUCUGAAACAUCAGCUCGCCGUCUCUCCGCUGCAGAAGAGGCGAAAGCUGGUGCCCCAGACCCCGGAUGAGCUGAUGAAGGAAGUUUCUGACGGAUUCGGCCCCGCCACGCCCCAAGAGAUAGCAAGUACAGAAGAACGAGGACCAACAUCAUUUCUACACUUGGUGCUUCCGUUCUUGUCUGUUUUGAUACUUACCUUGUUUGUUGUCGAUGACGUUUCUAUGUGGGAUAAACACAAUCUAAAUCUAUCUGAUGGUGAUACAUCGGCUCCACAUAACCAGGUUUCAUUUUCCUCCAAAAUUCCGCCGCGC